AUGCCUACAUCAGACAAUUAUGAAGCAAACUUAACAGGUACUCCUAAAGCACUAUUAGUUUCUGAUGAACCUUAUGAAUGGAUUAUAGACACUGGAGCUACAAAUCAUAUGGUUUAUGAUAUUGACAUGCUAAAUAAAUCCUCAAUAACUGAAAUUGAAAAACCAAAGAAAGUUUUCUUACCAAAUGGUGAUAUAACACAAGUCACUCACAUAGGUGCAAGUUCUUUAUCAGAUAAGAAUACAAUUACCAAUGUAUUUUAUGUGCCACAAUUUAAAUUUAAUCUACUAUCUGUGUCUAAGUCUACUAAGGAGCUAAAAUGUUCAGUAACUGUUUUCCCUGAUUUUUGCUUCUUCCAAGAUCUCUUCACUAGGAAGGUGAGGGAGAUUGGUAAGGAAGAAGAUGAACUCUACAUCUUACUAAGACAAAUAAUGGAGAAGAAUAAAAGGAUUGCUUUAGCAGCCUCAAAAGUUGAGUCAAAUCUAGACAAGCAACUAGAUGUGGAUCUUUGGCAUAAAAGACUUGGUCACAUGUCUACUAUAGUUUUACAGAAAAUUUUACCUAUUAGUCUACAAUUCAUUAGUGAAAAGAUUUGUGGGGACCUUACAAAAGAUGAAACAUUUAGGGAAGACAUAUUUCCUUUCAGUUAUAGAAACAAAACUGCAGCACAGCCACUGUUUGUAGAUCCUACUCUUCAUACAGGGAUAACACUGGAUGUUAUACCUGAGAGUAGUCUUACAAACACUACAUCAGAACAACAUAAUCAAGACUAUGAAGUAUCUGCAUCACAAGAAUUAUCAGGAACAGAUACAAAUAUACCUUCUUCACCAAUCAAAGAUGUUCAUUUAUCCUCUCAAAAGUCAGAACAAAUUGUGGUAGAUCAACAAAUACCUGAGAAGAUUCAACCUCAACAAAUGAUUGUCAGAAAAUCAACAAGAGACAAAAAUCCACCAAUAUGGAUGAGAGAUUUUGUAUCACUGAAUAUUCAUAGAGAUGAACCUUAUGCAAUAAACAAAUAUCUAGGAUAUGAUCAACUAUCAUCCAAGUAUCAAGCCUAUAUGAGUGCUUUCUCUUCUAUUAAUAGGCCUACAAGCUAUUCAGAAGCAGUAAAAGACCAUAGAUGGGUGGAAGCAAUGAAUGAAGAAAUAAAGGCACUUGAGAACAAUAAUACUUGGGAUAUUAUUACACUGCAGAAGUUCAAACAAAGUCAAUUUGAUUAUUCUCUAUUUAUCAAAAGGACAAGUGAGGGAAGUGCAAUGAUAUUCGUCUAUGUUGAUGAUAUGUUAAUUACAGGAGAUAGUUUGAAGCUAAUUGAAGAAACUAAACAGUCCCUGCAGAAAGCCUUCAAGAUGAAAGAUCUGGGAGAAUUAAAGUAUUUUUUAAGUAUUGAAUUUGCAAGGUCUAAAUAUGGGAUCAUUAUGCAUCAAAGAAAAUAUGCACUAGAACUUAUAUCUGAAGCUGGAUUAUCAACAGCUAAGCCUGCAGGUAUCAAAUCAGAAGAAGAUCCUCUCACUGAUCAGCAAGUUUAUCAAAGACUCAUUGGAAAACUGUUAUAUCUAACAGUAACAAGACCUGACAUAUCUUUUGGUGUUCAAACACUAAGCCAAUUCCUUCAACAACCUAAGAAGUCUCAUAUGGAUGCAGCAUUGAGGAUUAUUGGGCUUCUUGCCCUCUUACCAGAAGUAUCUAAGAGCUCAGCAGAAGCUGAAUACAGAAGCCUAGCAACUAGUGUAGCAAAGUUGAUUUGGCUCAUUGGAUUACUGAAAGAAGUGGAUGCAGACAUCAAACUGCCAGUUGAGAUAUACUGUGACAGUAAAGCAGCUAUUCAAAUAGCUGCAAACUCUGUUUAUCAUGAAAGGACCAAACACAUAGAAAUAGAUUGCCACUUUAUAAGAGAAAGAAUUCAACAAGGUUUGAUAACUACCAAGUACAUUGCAACAAAAGAGCAGCCUAUUGAUCUUCUUACAAAAGGACUUAGUAAAGUUCAACAUGAAUAUCUAAACUGCAAACUAGGUGUCUUAAACAUCUUCACACCACCUAACUUGAGGGGGAGUGUUAAAGUAUAA